AUGGGUUGUGUUUGUGGUAAGCCCCACGCUAUUGAUGAUAGUAAGGAGAGCCCAGGGGAGAGGCUGCCGAGUAAAGACAUAGCCAAUUCGCAGACCCUACGCUCUUCAUCCGCCAGGAGGGAGGAGAGUUAUCAGGUGAAAAAUCGGUUAGAUAGUGGGGGAAGGGUGAUUCUGAUUGAUAAGCAGGUCAAUGGCUCAGUCAGAUUACAUGGAGAGAAUUUCGAGAGGAAGAGAGAGAAAACCGAAUAUAUUUCUGUCCUGCAACACCCAAGGGUAGGUGCGGUCCCCAAGGCAAACAAAGGAGAACAGGUCGCCGCUGGAUGGCCGCCUUGGUUAGCUGCAGUGGCUGGCGAAGCUAUUAGAGGAUGGCUGCCGAGGAGGGCAGACUCUUUUGAGAAGUUGGAUAAGAUUGGCCAGGGUACUUACAGUAAUGUUUAUCGUGCCCGUGAUCUCGAUGAAGGGAAGAUUGUUGCUUUGAAGAAAGUAAGGUUUGAUAAUCUGGAGCCUGAAAGCGUUCGUUUUAUGGCGAGGGAAAUUCAUAUUUUGCGAAGGCUCAACCAUCCAAAUGUGAUCAAAUUGGAAGGUCUGGUGACAUCACGGAUGUCAUGCAGCUUAUAUCUAGUUUUCGAGUACAUGGAGCAUGACUUGGCUGGACUUGCAUCCCACCCUGGGCUCAAGUUUACUGAACCUCAGGUUAAGUGUUACAUGAAACAACUUUUACAAGGUCUUGAUCAUUGUCAUAGCUGUGGUGUCCUUCAUCGUGACAUAAAAGGCUCCAACCUUCUAAUUGACAAUAAUGGCACCCUAAAGAUUGCAGAUUUUGGUCUGGCUAGUUUGUAUGAUCCUCAUCAGACUCAACCACUAACCAGCCGUGUUGUGACUCUUUGGUACCGCCCACCUGAGCUUCUACUCGGUGCUACACAUUACAGUACUGCUGUGGAUUUAUGGAGUGCUGGUUGCAUACUUGCUGAAUUAUACGCUGGCAAGCCAAUUAUGCCUGGAAGAACAGAGGUUGAACAGUUGCAUAAAAUUUUCAAACUUUGUGGAUCACCAUCUGAAGAGUACUGGAAAAAGUCAAAGUUACCUCAUGCAACAAUUUUCAAGCCCCAACAGCCUUAUCCACGGUGUGUUGCUGAGGCAUUUAAAGAUUUCCCCGCACCGGUAUUAGCACUUAUAGACAUCUUGCUAUCCGUAGAACCCGCAGAUCGUGGGUCAGCAGCCUCUGCUUUGAAGAGUGAGUUUUUUAUUGCAAGGCCACAUCCUUGUGAUCCGUCAAGUUUACCAAGAUAUCCUCCCAGUAAAGAGUUCGACACAAAAGUACGAGAAGAAGCUAAGAGGAGACAGGUGGCUGCUGGAAGCAAAGGUCAAAGAUACGAGCUUGAAAAGAUAGGAUCCAGGGGAUCUCGAGCAGUUCCGGCACCUGAUGCCAAUGCUGAAUUGAUCUCAUCAAUGCAGAAAAGACACGGGCAGUCGAACUCAAAGAGCAGGAGUGAGAUGUUCACCUCUCAUCCUGAAGAAGUGGCUUCAGGUUUUCCAAUUGAUCCCCCGCGGCCAUCUCGAUCCAUUGACGAACCAAACGACGACUCUCAUGGUACUAUCCACAAGCGGUCCUCGCAUUCUGGGCCAUUGGUUAAUCGAGCUGCCUGGACAAAGGCCGGAAAGAAAAUGGAAAGUGCUCCAAAGAAUUUUGCCGUGGCCGAGUUGCCAACCAUGUCUGGUUUAGUAGCUGCCAGGCGGAGCAUGCUGUUGGAAGAGAGUAGUGAGAAAUCUUAUUCCCGGCAGGAAGUACCAAAGCUUAUUUCAAGGUUUCCAGGGUCUCUCAAGGAGGCUUUGAAUUCGACGACGAGGCAAAACCAGGAGAUUAGUGGGCAGCAUGAAGAAGAUAAAGCAAGCAACAACUCUGUUCAUGUGGGUGAUGGGUCAAAGGGCAAGAAAAUCCAUUACUCUGGACCAUUGCUGGUUCCAUCAGUGAAAGUGGAGCAGAUGUUGAAAGAUCACGAGCGGCAGAUCCAGGAGGCUGUUAGACGUGCUCGGCUAGAAAAGGAGAGGAUGCGAAAAGAAUUACCAAUGAACUCGCUUGGCCGAUGA